AAUAAACUCCGUAAAGAUGCCGUUGGCUUUCAGCGCUUAGCGGCACUUUUUCCCCUUGCUCAUUUAAGUGGGCGAACAAACUGCCAAAAUGCCAUUGAAAUAUUAAUAACUUAUUUAACACAACACAAAUAUUUUGUUCUGCAAGUGCGUGUUUGCGUGUGUGAAUGCCACUUGCGAAUAAUCGCGUACAAAGCGACGGCCUCCAAACGGCAAACGCAAGUUACCCCACAACAGGUGGCACAUUUUCCGCGAGCGCCAAAGCGAAAUAAAUAAAUAACACACAGAAAUUUUAUGACAAAUUGACAAUUAAACAAAAGAGAAAGCAACAAUUAAUACGCUGUGUAACAUAUCAAGGUGAAAACUUACGCGACUGUUAGUUUGGCAAGCGCACGUGGCCACGCGUCGCUCAAAACCUUUGCACAAAAAGCUAAUUGCGCCGAACUGGCGGUCCUCAACGAGCCGGAAAUGAUGAAGCACGACGCCGCUGCGAAACCUUUAGCCAUUGGUGGACCGAGCGCAAUGGCGCCAACUACGGGCACGUCCUCAUUAAAGCGCGGCUUGUGGCGCAACCGCAGCGUGACCGAAACGCCCGUGUGCGCGCGUAGCCCCAUCACGAAAGCAUUUGAUUUUCUGCCUUGGGGACGCGGCAAAAAGGCGGGCGAUAAAACACAAACACAACAACAGCAGCAACAACAAUCACUAAAACAGCAACAAAAAAUCAACGCGACGUCAACGAACGCCAAGUCAACAAACAGCAGCGCUGGCGGCAACACAAACACCGGCAACAGCACAAGCAACAACACAAAUGCGGCAGGCGCCGAUAAAGAUGCGGGCGUACACUAUCACCGAAAUAUCUUUCGUAGCGGCGGCGGGCUCAUACGCGACAUACUCGGUGGCGAUAAGUUGAACAAAGAGAAAGGCGCGCAGGAGCUGACGCUGAAAAAAUCCAAUCAACGCCUCAAACCCAAGCAAGUGGUCGCGCGCAAUAAGAGUCUGGAUAUACACGAACUCAUCAACACCGUUGAGAAUGAGCUGAGCGCGGGGCAGCAGAAGAAUGGGCGCAAACAUUUUAUGGACGACACAUUUAUUGAGAAUAUAAUGCGCGCCAAGGAAGCCUACCGACAGGCGAACGACGAGCUGUGCGACGACGAGCAGGCCGGCAAUUACCGUUAUGUGGAUGAGACGGACGAAAGUGAGAGCAACGGACGGCGACAAGCGCAUAAAGAGCAGCGCGCGAGCGAUGAGCAGCUACAUUGCAUGCCUUCGAGCAGCGGUGGCAAUACGACUGCUGCGGCGCAUGCACCCGCGCGUCACAUACUCUUCAAUGACGAGGACAUUGUGUAUCUGAUAAAGAAAGAGCUGCCGGUCAUGAGUAAGACAAAGCGCAAAGUAUCAAGUCAUCAAGCGGAGAAGGAACAUCAGCAGCAACAGCAACAGCUGCAGCAGUAUCAACAAUAUCAGCAGCAAUCCUAUCCACAACAGCAAGCGCGUGAGCGCGAACGUGAAAGAGACCGUGAACGCGGACGUGACCGCAGCGAACGCAGUGAAAGUGUGUUGAGGGCGCGCCUGAAGUUCAAGAAAUUGACACCGGACGGCACACCGUUACCGCAUCGCCGAUCUACAUCCGCACAAAUGCUCAAUCAUAAUCAGUAUCACAAUCAGAGCGAAUACAAUGGCGUCGAGUAUGAACAACCGCACGCGCGCAAUUAUCAGCAAUCGCGGUCGGUCAAUGACAGCUACGCGCCGGCUGGCGAUAAUAGUAAACGCGGCAUAUUGCAGCGGCAAAACACUUCACCGGCGCUAAUGAGUCUGGCCGGCGAAAGCGUAAGUGGUAACGGCAACGGAAAUGGUGGUGGCGUCGCUUAUGAUGAGGAUGCGUCACACCAUCUGAGUCCGGAAAAUCGUCGGCGCCAUCAUCAACUUUACCAGCGUGGCGAGCAGCGCGUGCAAUUACAGCGCCGCAAAUCCUUUACCGGCUAUGACAAUGCGCAGUUAGGCAACUGCAGCAGUAGUAGCAGUAUGGCGAGUGGUGGUGGUGGCGGUAGUGGCGCGGGUAGCACUAACGCGCCUAGCGGUGAACAGCCCCGCGGCGAGAAACCGCGUAAGAAGCUCUCCUUCCGCGAACCAGUGGCGGAUAAACCGCGUGUGCGACGACGCAGCUCGCCCCUGCAGCGCCCGGAAAGCGCUGGUGCUGAAGUUGCACAGGCAUCUCCGGUUGGCAAAGAGUCAAGCAAUCGGCUCACCAUAGACGAUGGCAAUAUUAGAAAUACGAACGCACAUAAAGUGAGCUGUGAUAAUUUGAGCGCCAGCAGCAGCAGCGCUGCCUUAAUGCCAUUACCUGAUAACCGCAAUUACGCUGCUCAGAUUAAUAAUAUUGCGCUGGAUGCGGCGGGCUGCUGUUUUGUGGAUAAUGCGAAUUUAACAAUGGACUUUGAGUCACAAGCGAUGCGUAUUGUACGCACCGUCGGUCAGGCCUUUGAAGUAUGUCACAAAUUUAAUCUUCAUAAGAAUUCCUUGGAUCACAACGACGAACGCUCGGAUGUCUCAUCCGAGUUACUCGAUGUAGAACGCAUUUCGGUACAACAGCUGACUGAUGACGAGCUGGAUAAAAAAGAGCCGCUGACCGCUGUGACGGACAUAAAGCCACCGCAAAGACCGAAUCAUCUGGAAUUGGUGCCACACACCAGUUCGAAUAUGCGCAAGUCACCCAGUUUGUUGACCGCUGACGAAGACAAAUCACCCACUACACCGUCGUCGCCCAGUCAUGAGAUCAGCAAACUAAAGGAUCAAUUGGAGCAGCAGGCCAUACAAACGCGCCAGGCAUUGGCACAGCUGAUGUUGGUGCGCGAGCAGCUUAUAUCGGAAACAAAUGCGCGCAUCGAGGCUCAGGCACGCACACAGCAACUGCUGCAGCAGAAUCGCGAGCUGCUCGAGCAUCUGGCAUCGCUGGGCGCCUACAACGAACAGCAGAGCGCCGGACUGACUUCGGCCAAUAUCGGCAUGGCACCGCAGCUGCAAAUGUUAUUGCAAGCUACCGGCAACAACAACAACUUGGCCACCAUCAAUCAACAAAUCAACAGCCUUGGCUCCAUCAACCAACAGCUGACAUCGCUCAGUCAUCAGCUGAGUGGUUUGAAUCAGCAAAGUCAGAAUAUACAAAACUUCCAGAAUAUUAACGCCGCGGCGGCGGCUGCUGCGCAACAGCAACAACAACACCAACAGCCAUCACCGCCACCCGUCAGCCAGCAGCAGCAGCUGACGCCACCCUGUUCGGCUGCCUCGUUGCAGCAGUCGCAGUUGCACUUGAAUAUCGCUACCAAUGGCAACAACACCAACAACAAUAGCAUUAAUAACAAUAACGCCUGCGGCGGCAGCAGUCCAUUCCCUACAAUGAAUCAAUUGCAGAGCAUAAGCAAUCAGCUACAACAACUCAAUGCGCAAGCGACACAGUCGCAGCAAGACGCGUUGUCGAAGGACCUCUUCCAGGUCAAUCAGGAGCUGUUGAAUCGGCUGCAGGCGCUGAAUUUGGGUGCCAGCAAUACGAACGCCUUGACGCUCAACACCGGCGCGCCCAUGGCUAGCGCCCAACAGACACCAUCGCCGCGCAACUCAUUCUUCUUCGUUAAUCCGAUGUCGGUCAGUCCAGCGAACAAUAACAAUAACGCGGGUAAUUUCAAUUUUCUCAGCUCGCCGGGCGCGCUUUCGGGGCAGCUAACGCCAUCGCCCAUGAGCACGCUCGCACGCAACUCAUAUGCGCACAGCCCACAGCUGCAGCAGCAACAACAUGACGUGGAUGCAUUACAACAACAGCUGAGCAGCAUCGAUCAGAACUUGAAUAACCUAAUCGAUGAACAGUUGAUGAAGCCACUCGGCGGUUCGAUAAUGUCGACGUCCUCCAAUGGCAAUAUAGCCGCCGGUAGUCCCUCGGGUACGCGCGAAUCCAGUCGCUCCUCGUCGACACUGGACUCGGCGUCACCAUCAUCGCCGCGCAUACGUACCGGCGGCAUCGCCAACAACAACAAUGAGCCACGCUUCAACACCGUCAUGCUGAAAGUGACCGACGAAGCGGGUAAUGUGACGAAUCAGCGCAAGCUCUCGGCCACACCGAGCUUCAUACAGCGCAGCACAAGCGAAAAAGUGCCGAAUCGCAGUCAAAUUAUGAGUCAAGUGCAACGAACGGCCUGGGCGCGUCAUACCACCAAAUAACAGUCGGCCGUCGGUGGCCAUGGUGGUGGAGAAGAGAGUGUUAUGGAUGCCGUCUUAAUAGAAAUCUAGUUGAGCAUAAGUUGGGCGGGUUAGCUGUAGCACAGCGUUAUGGAUUGUGCUGCAACAGUAGUAAAUAAAGGUUUUUAUAAAUAACCUCCAAACCUUGUAUAUUUAUGGAAGAAAUGGCUUAAAUAAGGCGUUAGUAUACAUAUUAGGGUGGUCCAAAAAUAUAUAAAAACUAUUUUAUAAAUUUAAAGAGCACAAAUAGUUGAUUUCUAGAAAAAUGGCUGAUAUACUUAUUAUAAAUAUUAGGG